AUGUAUACUAUCAGAGAGUUGGAGAUGAUGUAUAAUUCAUCAUCGAAUAGAUAUAAUUUAUUGUAUGGAAUUCCUAUUUAUUAUGAGAGAAGGGAUGGAGGUCCUAUCACUGCUCUCAAGUCAGUGAUUGCCUUGUUUAAUAAUACUCUAGGUUUUAAAGCUUUUCUUGUUGUGGAUCCAUACAAUGUACCAUAUUCUACAGAUAUUCCUAAUGUUGGUACUACAUUACCACCUCUAUUUAAUGAAACAAUAUAUGGAUCUGAUUUUUACAUUAGAAAAUUGUUGGAUUGGCAAGGAACUGAUCCGAAUGUUACACCACAAUGUUCCUACUUGGUAAAUUAUAAUUUGGAUAAGUCAAAAGCAGAAUAUUACAAUGAUCUAUUUUAUUGUGAUAGUAGUGCUUUGAAUGGUACCAGUCACGUUUUCACACUUUCAUCAAGUUCAAAGAAAAUUAUUUCUAAAUAUGAUGGAAACUGUUUACAAUUUGUGUACAAGACAGAUUCUACCACCAAAACAACAGUAGUAUUCCAAUUUCAAACAUGUGCCAAUACCAAAUUACAAGAGUUUGGAUUUAAUGGACAAUAUUUUAGUAUUUACGGAGAUUCGAAAGUUAUGUAUGUUGCUGACAAGAUAACAUCCUCUUCAGGUUCAGUCUAUUCGGCACCUGGAGCUAUGGAUAUUGGAGCAUUUAGUGAAUUAACAUUUUAUGGUAGAAAUCCAAAUUAUCCUUACAGAGCUUAUCAAUUCUAUUUGGAACCUAUUAAUGGUUAUCCAGAAACAAUGACAAUUUCUAAUAAGGGUCCAUAUGUUUAUCCUCCACUCUCAUUCACUAAUCAAACUUAUAUUGAUUUACUCAAUAGUGAUCUGAAUACUACUUUAUCAACCUAUCUCAGAACCUCUGUUGUAAAUAGACUCUACACUGAAUAUCAAAAACAAAAGAGACUUCCAUUCCCAGUUCCUCCUGAUGAAUUACUCUAUACUUAUAUUUUCCUUCCAAUAGCAAUCUUUUUUGGUGGAUUCUUAUUCAUGUUUAUUAGUGUUGCUUGUUGUUGGACCGGUGUCUACAUUAAAAAGACAUACUGUAAACCUUAA